UGGCAACAUGCGGUCUAUCAUAUGUUGCUGCUUAUCGCAUCUUUCUCUGGGACAUUGAAUUCAUUUUACGUCUGUUGUUGUGUGUGCGGUAAGCAACAAGUUGAAAGUGCGUGAACUUGAGUAAACUUUGUGAAACUUUUGCGAGUCCUCCAAACAAGUGUCUUUAUUAUUGUGCAAACAUUCCGAGCGAUCUUUACAGUGGAGCUCUUCACGUUCACCUGGAAAGUGCUAGGUGAAGUGCAGACUAGUGAUGUAAUAGGAGAUAGGACCGACGACCAGAAAAUAAUAUAAGACGGUGGAAAUCAUCCUGGAGACUCAUCCUGAGAAAUGAUGCUCCUGAUAAUCUCUCCAAGUGCUAGUGAUCAAUUCAAGUGUUCGUAGCUGAAAAGUGAUAGUGAAAUUUCGCAUAGAUUCAGAUUAGUUUUAUAGCAGUCAGUCGACAUUGGGAGUUUAUGUGGUUUUUGAGUUAUCAUCGUUCAAUAUUUUGAAAAUAAUUUGUGAAUGUGUCUUGUGACUAAAUCUCCAGAACGUCGCUCACAUGGAAAUUUAGAGGUGUACCACCCGAAGAACGCGAUGGACCAUUAUCUUCUGCUGGUACACAGGUGAAGAGGUGAGGUGGUCGGCGGCUGGCCAUGAGCCGCAGCCGCGGACCAAUCAGACUGAAGCCGCUGCCCGUUGCUGCCGCCCCACAGCUGCUGCUACUGCUGCCGCUGCUACUGCUCGCCUGCCACUGUCAGCAGCUACUUGCCGCAUUGCCACUGUCCCCCCCGCCCACCACCAACCCCCGAUCCACCCUCACCACCGCCAAAAUGGUAGCUGUUGCCACCAGGCCUGAUAAAAUGGCAAUGUACAAAGUGGCGCCCAACGUGGGACCAUUUGACCACAAAUCAGCACCCAACGUGGGACCAUUUGACCACAAAUCGGCACCCAACUUGGGACCAUUUGAUCAUAAUAUGGCUCCCAAUGUGGGACCACUUGACCAAAAAAUGGGACCAUCCAACCCCAACAUCACCAUUAUAGAUGACCUGGACACUACACCUGUUAACACCACCAGAGUGUCUCCAAACACCAAGAGGCAACCAAUUGACCUCACUGUUGGCUACCUGACAGCAAUCAAGGGUGAUGUGAAGGAUCGCCAAGGGCUGGCUGUGUCUGGAGCUCUUACCAUGGCCUUGAAAGAGGUUAAUGACUCACCAGACCUGUUGCCAGAUGUUCGUCUAGUCCUGCGCUGGAACGACACAAAGGGUGACACAGUGCAAACCACCCGCGCCAUGACAGACAUGAUCUGUGAUGGAGUGGCUGCCUUCUUCGGGCCAGAGGCAUCCUGCUAUGUUGAGGCCAUCAUAUCGCAUGCCCGAAACAUACCUAUGAUUAGUUAUAAAUGUUCUGAUCCUAAGGCAUCAGAAGUACCUACUUUUGCAAGGACUGACCCUCCUGAUACUCAGGUAACGAAAUCGUUGAUCUCAUUAUUGAAAUAUUACAAUUGGUACAAAUUCUCAAUUAUUACUGAAACGGAUUGGAAGAUAGUAGCAAAGACACUUAGAAAAGAGGCGCUAGAUAACAAAUUGACUGUGAAUCAUUUUAACGAGGUACUCGAUAGGCAUGCGUGUUGUGUGAAUGGACUCACCUGCUGUAAGAAUGGAUACUGGUAUGAACUCAUCAGGGAGACCAGGAACGGAACUAGGAUUUAUGUAUUUUUUGGAUCUCGGCGCGCUCUAAUCGAGAUGAUGGCCACCAUGCAAGUAUUCGGAUUAUUUGAAAAUGGAGAGUACAUGGUGAUAUAUGUCGACCAAAACACCUAUUCUGUCAAGGAUGCUGUACAUUACUUAUGGCAACCAGAACAAUGGUCGUCGAUCACAAGCAAGCCGGGCUCGUGCGAGGACUCGCGCGACUUCUACAAUCGCGCGCGUUCGCUGCUGGUGAUUGUGCUGUCGCCACCCAACGAGGAGUACCAGCAGUUCACCGACCAAGUGCGCGACUUCAACCAGCGCGAGCCCUUCAACUUCACCUUCCCCUCCAUCUUCCUUAAUGUCUCGUACGUGAAAUAUGUAUCUAUAUAUGCGGCCUACCUCUACGAUUCGGUGAAGUUGUACGCGAAGGCUCUCGACCAAUUGCUGAGGGAAGAACUGAAGCGUGAUGACGUCACUCAGCUGAAUCGGACAAUUAUCGAACAGGUGGCCAAAAACGGCACGCGAAUUAUACAGACAAUCAUUAAGAAUAAAACGUAUGUCAGUGUGACAGGUGCUACAAUUAGACUAGACAAGAACGGCGACUCGGAAGGCAACUUCACAGUGAUCGCACUGAAGAAAUACAAACUGGUGGAACACAACUGGUCAUGUGACUACCAUAUGAUGCCAGUCGGGGGCUUCGAGUUGAACGACAACAACUCAUACAAACUGCAUGUGCCCAGCGAGGGUGUCGAGUGGGCUAGUGGAGAAAAGCCGAACGACGAACCAAGUUGCGGUUUCGACAACCGGUUGUGCGCCAAGGAUGACUCUGAGACACGCAGCAUGGUGACUGCCAUAGCACUGGGCAUCCUGCUGUUUUGCACCUCUGUGGUCACCCUAAGCAUCUACCGCAAGUGGAAGAUAGAGCAGGAGAUAGAGGGCCUCCUCUGGAAGAUACAGCCGCAGGACAUCAACCUGUGCAACUUCGGCAAGGAUAUGGUUGCUGCGUCUAAGUUGAGUUUAGCACCGAGCGUGAAUUCGUACGAGUCCCGUUGCGGGCCGCAGGUGUUCGCCGAGACGGCCACCUACCGCGGCGUCAUGGUGCGCAUCAAGGAGCUCAAAUUCUCCAAGAAGAAGGACAUCAGUCGCAACAUCAUGAAGGAGAUGCGUCAGAUGCGGGAAUUGCGACACGACAACAUCAACACCUUCAUUGGUGCCGUGCUCGAGCCUAUGCGCGUGCUCAUUGUUACCGACUACUGUGCCAAGGGCAGUCUUUAUGAUAUAGUAGAAAACGAGGAUAUCAAAUUGGAUAAAAUGUUCAUUGCAUCACUUGUACAUGAUUUAAUUAAAGGAAUGUUAUUUAUCCACUCGACGCCGUCAAUCGAGGUCCACGGUAACCUGAAGUCGUCGAAUUGUGUGGUGACGUCACGCUGGGUGCUGCAGGUCACUGACUUCGGCCUACAUGAGUUGCGCCAGUGUGCUGAGAACGAUAGCAUAGGAGAACAUCAGUAUUAUAGAAAUCUAUUAUGGAAAGCACCAGAGCUACUGCGGGACUCGAAUGCUCCAGUGAGAGGCACCCAGGAGGGCGAUGUCUACGCGUUUGCAAUCAUCCUCUACGAGAUCAUUGGACGAAAGGGUCCUUUCGGAAUUCUAGAUCCCAACGUUGGUCCCAAAGAAAUUGUUGAAAUGGUAAAAAUGACGACAUCGAGUGAGCCGUUCAGACCCAACGUGGACGACAUCCGGUGCACGGAGCAUGCUGACGAGGAGGUGUUGAAUGUGAUAAGGGAGUGCUGGGCUGAGAACCCAGAAGAUAGGCCUAAAUUUAGAAUCAUCAGAGAACGGUUAAAAAACCUCAAAGAAGGAAAGAAGCGAAAUAUAAUGGACCAAAUGAUGGAGAUGAUGGAGAAGCAUUCAAACAAUCUCGAGGAACUGGUGCAGCAGCGGACCAUGCAAUUGUAUGAGGAAAAACGAAAGACUGAAGACCUCCUCCACAGGAUGCUACCUGCACCCGUCGCCCACAAGCUGACAAUUGGAGAAGGUGUGGAACCGGAGUCGUUUGAUCUAGUCACAAUAUACUUCAGCGACAUUGUCGGCUUCACUUCCAUGUCGGCAGAGAGCACUCCACUCGAGGUGGUGAACUUCCUAAAUGACCUAUACACACUCUUUGAUCGAAUUAUCAGAGGCUAUGAAGUUUACAAAGUAGAGACCAUUGGAGAUGCUUAUAUGGUGGUAUCUGGAUUACCAAUAAGGAACGGAGACAGCCAUGCGGGCGAAAUAGCGUCGAUGUCUCUCGAUCUACUAGAAGCCGUGAAAAAACAUAAAAUUGCUCAUCGACCCAAUGAAACGCUUAAACUUCGAAUAGGAAUUCAUACAGGACCAGUUGUAGCAGGAGUGGUAGGCCUAACGAUGCCGCGCUACUGUCUGUUUGGGGACACUGUGAACACAGCCUCGCGCAUGGAGUCAACCGGCGAACCACUGCGCAUCCACAUCAGCGCACCCUGCAAAGCGGCCCUGGACAAGCUGGGCGGUUAUGAGGUUGACGACCGUGGCUUUGUGCCCAUGAAGGGCAAGGGAAAUGUGCACACCUACUGGUUGACGGGGGCCAAUGAUCGUGCCGUCGCUAGGAGAGAGGUUGACUUGCAAGACCUUCGCGCCUUCUUCUGCCCGUCGAAACGCAGCCCAAAACUGCUAGGGGGACCCCUAGGGGGCGGGACCGAUGCCGCCAGCCGCCGGCACUCGUCCGCACCACGUGGCAACAGUGUAGAUAGAGGCGUGGCCACCGACUUCCCCUUCCACGAAAGAGGCGUGUCCACCGAUUUCCCCCUCCCCCACCUGGACAGUGGUGUGGUCACCGACUUGCCCCGCCCACUUCCCCUCUCGCCACUCGUGUCGCACCAGAAUAACUUCUCGUCGAGGCGUCGCAUCCCCGACGCGCAUCAGUCGCUCGACCCCUUUCCCAACAAGCACUUCGAGAAGAGCUUGUGCAAGCGCAGUUGUCAUUCGUUGCAGGAGAACUCACGGGACGGGGUCUGCGAAAACGGGUCUCUGGUGUGUGCGCCUCUGCUGAAUGAGAACAAGAAGUGGCACUCGCUGGAGCUGGUAGUGGACCAGGAGCCCAAGAAGACGCUGGGUGGCCGAUCAACAAUCAGGUCGUGGAUUUUCGGGUUCCUGACCCCCAGUAUCUACCGCAGUAGCGACAGUUCACUUCGCAAAGGUGGCUACACUGACUUGCAACAGGAGAAGGAGAGCAUCGCCUGACGAAUGCUGCGUCGCAAAACUUGGUACUGAAACACUGGACGGAUUGAAACACUAGACGUACUGAAACACUGGACGAUAUCAAUUACUACUCAGCUCAUAAGCAGACUGCAUUUUUGUUGUGAUCGUGAUAGACAAGACUGAAAGGGGUAUUUCCUUUGGUGCACCAUUUGAUGAACAGUUACAAUGGACGUCCAAGGAUAGAGAGGAAAAUGAUUUUCUAGAGAGGAAGACAGUUCGCUCAUUGUAUAGAUUGGAGUCAGGAGCCAAAACCAAAGAUGAUAAUAGUGGCAGUGGAAAUCUUAGACUUUUUCAUAAACAAUAAACCGUGUCAGAUACCGUAACUUUCUCAUCACAGGUUGCAAUAUUUUGUGGGUAUUUUAUCAAUUCGAUCUAAUUGAAAAUACUUUAGAAUUAUAUCUCUGGAGUUUGUUGGAUCAUCAAGUUAGAGAAUCGUUUUAUUAAUUCACUAAAAUAUAGAAAAAGAGAGCUUAUAUUGCUAUAGUGGAAGUUACAACAUUUACACAUCAAUCGUUUUAUUUAUCCACUAAAAUAUGAAAAAGAGAGAUUAUAUUGUUAGAGUGUACCGUAAAAGAUUUACGAAUUAAAUUGUAUGGAAUAGGAUAGCUUGUAUGUUAUGUUGAUCUAAAACAAAACAAAAAUGGUAGAAUGACUAAAAUGAUAAAUGAAUAAAACACAACAUUACGCUCAAUUGAGGAACUUGGUAAAUGGUAGAA